GUUGACCCCUAAUUACUUAAAUGUGGAGAGACAUUGCUUCUAAAAAGCAAGGUAUAAUUUUAGGUAAUUUGGGGAAAAAAAACUUUGACCAAAAAUUGAGAAUCUUGGCUUGGUGCCUGUAGCUCAGUGAGUAGAGAGCUGGCCACAUACACCAAGGCUGGUGGGUUCAAACCCGGCCCAGGCCUGCUAAACAAUGACAAUGACAACAACAAAAAAAAUAGCUGGGCAUUGUGGCAGGUGCCUGUAGUCCCAGCUACUUUGGAGGCUGACGCAAAAGAACCACUUAAGCCUGAGUUUGAGGUUGCUGUGAGUUGUGACGCCACGGCCCUCUACCCAGGGUGACAUAGUGACACCCUCAGGAAAAAAACCUGAGAAUCUUAUUUGAAGAAAAAAAGGUAAAAAAAUUUCAAUAAUAUUAAAAGCCUUAAAAAUGUUUUUUUUUUUUUUUUUUGUAGAGACAGAGUCUCACUGUACUGCCGUCAGGUAGAUUGCCAUGAUGUCACACAGCUCACAGCAACCUCUAACUCUUGGGCUUACGCCAUUCUCUUGCCUCAGCCUCCUGAACAGCUGGGACUAUAGGCACCCGCCACAAUGCCCGGCUAAAAAAUGUUUUUUAAAAAAUAAAAAUAAGAUAAAAUAUGAAGGGCGGCACCUGUGGCUCAGUGGGUAGGGCGCUGGCCCCAUAUACCAAGGAUCGCGGGUUCAAACUGGCCUGGGCCAAACUGCAACAAAAAAUAGGCGGGCACCUGUAAUCCCAGCUACUCGGGAGGCUGAGGCAAGAGAAUCGCCUAAGCCCAGGAGUUGGAGUUUGCUGUGAGCUGUGAUGCCACAGCACUCUACCGAGGGCAAUAAAGUAAGACUCUGUCUCUACAAAAAAAAUAAUAAUAAAGAAAGGAAAUUGUCUUCUAAUUGUAGGCACCUGGAGGGCAGGUACAAUGGCUUACUAAUUUUUGUAUAUUUUGAUACAAGGUAGGCACCCAAUAAAUGCAUCUAGAAUUUUAUUGAUAAGGCAAUCACUUUCAUUAGUAAAAUACAUUUCCUCAAAUGAUUAAAAAUCAAAAACAUUUGUGUAAGAUAUUGUCACAUAAAUUGUCUCAAGAAGAAACAAGUCUCCUUGUGUUAGAUAUGCAGGGGUCCUCAAACUACAGCCCUUGGGCCAUAUGCAGCAGUGUGAUUGUAUUUGUUCCCAUUUUGUUUUUUUACUUCAAAAUAAGAUAUGUGCAGUGUGCAUAGGAAUUUGUUCAUAGUUUUUUUAAACUAUAGUCCGGCCCACCAACGGUCUGAGGGACACUGAACUGGCCCCCUGUUUAAAAAGUUUGAGGACCCCUGUAUGUAGACAUUUUCCUAAGGGACCUCUUCCUUAACUUAACCUAAAUUAUCAGUAGAAAAAAUAAGAGAAAUGUAGAAAACUUAUAUUGCCCAGCAAAGGGUAAAACACAGUGAAAAGGAAUUAAAACAGUGAAAAAGGAAGAAAAAUAAGUAUAACAAUUAUAGUAUAACAAUGUUAGAAGAAUAUGAUAAAAGCAAAAAGCUGUAAUAGAAAUAGAGGAAUCUUCUGUGGUGCCUGUGGCUCAGUGGGUAGGGCACUAGCCCCAUAUACCUAGAGUACUGGGUUCAAACCCCGCCCUGGCGAACUUGCAACAAAAUAGCUGGGCGCUGGGGCAGGCGCCUGUAGUCCCAACUACUCGGGAGGCUGUGACAAGAGAAUCGCCUAUGCCCUAUCUGAUUUGGAGGUUGCUGUGAGCUGUAACGCUACAGCACUCUACCGAGAGCGACAAAGUACGACUCAGUCUAAAAAAAAAAAAAAGGAAGGAAGGAAGAAAUAAAGAUAAAAAAGAUCGCUUCACCUGGGCGGUGCCUGUGGCUCAAAGGAGUAGGGCACCGGCCCCAUAUACCCCAGGUGGUGGGUUCAAGCCCCGGCCAAAAACUGCAAAAAAAAAAAAAAAAAUCACUUCACCAAGAAGCCACAGUCAGGCCAAGGCUCAGGUGAAACAAGUGAGGUGAGUUAUGCAACUGCAAGGUCAGAUUGUUUCUCUUUUUUUCCCCCUAUUUUAAAUGGUACUAUUUUAUUAACCAUGGUCUUGUGUUUUUGCAUUCAGACCUUCUCUUGAUUGCGGAGAUUUGGGGGGCGCAUUCCCUUAAAUUCUGCACCCGAGACUCAGGCUUCACCGUAAUGCUGGCUGUGCACCAGGCGGGUACUUGAGGGCAGGUGAAAACCUAACACCAUGGGCUAUACUAUCUCAGGAAAAAGAUCUGACACAGUCCCAAUUAUUGUGGUAGAUUUUAACAUAUCCGCAUCAAAAACUGUUAGAUCAAAACAAAACAAAACCGACUAAGUAUAAGGAACACGUGCGCAACAAACACAAUUUUUCCUCGUAGCUCCUGGAGGGGCGGCGGCGGGAGGCCAGGCCUACUUCGGGGCGCCCCCAGCCGGUCUCCCGCGCCUCGAAAGCCCAACCCCGGACGCCAAUCGGCAGGUCUCGCGUGGCUUUCCUUGGUCGAGGUGGAGGGGCUGGCACUCGCGGAAGCCGUGGGGGAGCGGGCGGCCGGCCGUCACGCGCUGGUUCUGCGACUCCACGCCACCCUUCGCCCAGUCCUUAUACUUGGGCCGCCCCUUCGCGCGGGUCCUCUCGGCGCCACAGGAUCAGUUCACCGGCUGAGAGAAGAAUCUCCCCACUUCGCCAAGCAUGUUGAGCCCGUGCAGAGGCCGGAAGGGCGACGGAAUGUCGCCCAGCCAUACUUCCCAUUGCCUCCAGCUGUUGCACCGAGGUUUCACAUCAUAUUUCCAGAAGGCUUCUGGAAAGAGUGAAUAUGUGUCGCAUCCAGAGAGCUGAUGGGGACUGUGACUUAGCUGCUGUCAUCCUUCAUGUCAAACGCAGAAGAAUCUGUGCCAGCCCACACAACCAUACUAUUAAGCAGUGGAUGAAAGCAGCCGAGAAAAAUGGAAAAGGCAACCUUUGCCAUAAGAAAAAACCCCAAGGCAAGAGGAACAGUAACAGGGCACAUCAGAGGAAACAUGGAAUCUAUGGCCCUAAAACUCCUUAUUAGAGAGUUUACAAAGGAAUCUACAGAGAUGAUCCCACCAGUGAACUUGGCCAUGGUUGGUUAUAAAUUUGUCACCUGAAUUUUCCUUAUUGGCAGGCAACAGAUUUUAAAAAAUGAAUAAUUGUACAAUAUGCAAAUGUAGCCAAUAAUAUAUUUAACUGAAAAAUGAAAUGGAAAGAGCAUGUAGAUAUAAUUUCUCCAACUUUUUUAUUAGGAAGUUUUCCAGACCUAUAGAGAAAUUAAAAGGAUGGCAUGAUGAAUACCUAUAUAUCUUUCAUCUAUUUUAAUCAUUGUUAUUUUGCCACAUUUUCUCUCUCUCUUCUCCUUUGUAUGUGUAUUUAUAAAAUAUUGUAUAUAUAUCACUUUUUUGCUAAAUCAUUUGAGAAUAAGUUGCAAACAUCAUGACACUUCAGUCCUAAUUUCUUUUUGAUAUAUAACUUGGCAUCCCCCAAAGGAUAAAGACAUUUACCCACAUAAUCACAUUGUCAGUUUUAUACCUAAAAAAUUAAUAAUUUUACCAUAUAUAGAUACAUAUAUAUGUACACACACACAUAUAUAUAAAGAGAGAGAGAGUGUGUUCAUAUUCAAAUUUCACCAAUUAUUUUCAGAGCAUUUUACAUAGUUUUUUCACAAGCAAUCAAAGUUGACAUAUUGCGAUUGUUUUAUUUCUUUAUUAUCUUUCUUUUUUUUUUUGUAGAGACAGAGUCUCACUUUAUAGCCCUCGGUAGAGUGCCGUGGCCUCACACAGCUCACAGCAACCUCCAACUCCUGGGCUUGAGCGAUUCUCUUGCCUCAGCCUCCCGAGUAGCUGGGACUACAGGCACCCGCCACAACGCCCGGCUAUCUUUAUUAUCUUUCAAUCUAAGAAAAUCUCUCAGCUUUUUUUUUUCCUUCUAUUUCAUAUUCUGGGUUUCUCUGAUUGUUUUCUUAUGAUCAGGUUUAUAUUUAACAUUAAGAAUUUCCUAUGUGAAUUUGUAGACUUCUUAUUGUGCCAUUUAGAGUUCAUGAACAGUAGAUUUAUUUUCUAAAUAGAAAAGUUUAAGCUGAAUACCACUUUAAAACACCUAGUUUGAGUAGCUACUGUUGUUUCUAUUGGCAAAUUCUGAUGCUGAAAAAAAAUGUCUGCCUUGCCCCUCAGAACUUUCUGCCUCCCAGUCUGGGAGCUUCAUUGGGGUGCAGAGGUCCGUCCCGUGGGGCAGAUUUUACACUCUGCCUAAACAUGGAGUCUACAUCGUUUGACUCCUACUUUUCCCAAUACUCUGUGAGCCAAUUCCUAUUGUGCCACACCUCUUCUGGCUUCCUUUUUGUCCACGGAGACUUUGAGAUACAUAGUAAGAGCCCAAUUUUAUAAACAGCCAAUAGAGAGGACACUUCAGUCCUAAUUUAUUUUUGAUUUAUAACUUGGCAUCCCCCCAAGAAUAAAGACACAUCUAUCAGGCAUCAGGAGUCUUGGGCCUGCCUGCUAGCUAGUCCCAGGCAGUGAUAUAAAGAUGAUACGGAGUACCAAUGGAACACACAGAAUUCUGAGCCUGACGUAGAUUAAAUACCCACAAGACUGGCAAAAUUAGUGUAACUCUCAUUGACACUAAUAUCACAUGUGAUUUAUUUAUUCUCACCAAUAAUCCUGUAAGCUUUGUAUUAAUAUUUCCACUUUAUGGAUAGGGAAACUUGAGACUUCUAGAGGUAAAAUGACUUCCCCAAGGUCACACAGUAAGUGGUAGAGAUAAGCCUCUAAGUCUUUCAAGCAACAAAUUAUUUUCUUUUCUUUUUUUUUUGCAGUUUUUGGCCAAGGCUGGGUUUGAACCCACCACCUCUGGCAUAUGGGGCCGGCACCCUACUCCUUUGAGCCACAGCCACUGCCCCAACAAAUUAUUUUCAAUUUUGUCUCUUUGCUCAGCCCAGAUCCACAAUUGGGUGCCAGCCAUAAUACACCGGAGCUGGUGGUUUCGAAUCCAACCCGGGCCUGCCAAACAACAAUGACAACUACAACCAAAAAAUAGCCAGCCAUUGUGGUGGGUGCCUAUAGUCCUAGCUACUUGGGAGGCUGAGGCAAGAGAAUCGCUUAAGCUCAAGAGUUUGAAGUUGCUGUGAGAUGUGAUUACACGGCACUGUACUGAGGGCAGCAUAGUGAGACUCUGUCUCAAAAAAAAAGAAAUCAAAAUGCAACUGAAGGGCGGCGCCUGUGGCUCAGUGAGUAGGGUGCCGAUCCCAGAUACCGAGGGUGGAGGGUUCAAACCCGGCCCCGGCCAAACUGCAACAAAAAAUAGCGGGCAUUGUGGCGGGCACCUGUGGUCCCAGCUACUGGGGAGGCUGAGGCAAGAGAAUCGCCUAAGCCCAGGAGCUGGAGGUUGCUGUGAGCUGUGAUGGCACAGCACUCUUACCAAGGGCGAUAAAGUGAAACUCUGUCUCUACAAAAAAAAAAUGCAAUUGAAACUUUGUUUGAGGAAAGUGUACCUGAGAGACCAGAUUCUUAAAUAAAUUGCAUUUUAUAGGCUGUCACAAGUGCUUACUAAAAUAUUGUAUCGCUGUUACUAUACUAGGUACUAUUAUUGUACUGUGAGUAAAUACCGUUACUGUUCACUGCCACUGUUAUGAGUAAAUGACCCAGGUCACUCCCCUAAGUUUUCUUUUUGUAAAAAAAACUGUAUUUUAUAUUAAAGUAAUACAGGUUUGUGGUAAAAGAAAAUCAAAAGUACAGAAAGAUUUAUAAUAAAAAUAAUAUCCUCUACAAUAACAUCCCUGUUCCCAGUCCUACUCCUUAAGGCAACCUCUCUUAACCCUUCUAGAAGUUUGAAUUCAAGUGAUUACCCACAUAAUUUCAAAUGAAAUGCUUAAAGUAUGAUUUAUUUGUUGCUUUGUGGCAGUAUCUAUUGCCUCCUUAUUACUCCCCACUUCCCUUCCCUUUUCCUUUCCUCACCCUAGGGCUUAUGUUUUAUUACUGUUAUAUUUCUUUGUUUUUAUAACUUUGAAUAAUAUACCCACUCUCCAUUCAUUAAUAUUUAUGUAAGUUAAAGAUAAUAUAUCAUACUCUUUUCCUUUUCCUCUUAUCUUCCUAUUUCUCAUCUUGUGCUUUACAUCAGCUAUACUUUUUUUUUUUUUUUUUUGAGAUAGGAUCUUGCUCUGUCACUCAGGCUGGAGUGCAGUGGCACCAUCAUAUCUUGCUGCAACCUCAAACUCAUGGACUCAAGUGAUCCUCCUGCCCUAGCCUCCUGCAUAGCUGGGACUUUCGGGCAUGUACCACU